CCCUAGGUAUCGAUUCAAUUCGUAUAAAUGAAAUAAACAACGCAAAACGAUAUACUUCAGCGGGCAUGAAAUAUGAAAUGAGAUUUUUACAUGAUGGAUGUUAAACGAUGUUUACUUUUGGAUAUUAUCAAUGAUACACCAUUCAUACACUACUGAGUUAUGAAAUAGGUACCUGAACUAUACGUAAACAGUGAUUAAUUAUCAAUUUUAUUUGCUAAUACUAAUUUAGUAUGGUGAAUGUAUAAAACAGAACAUUAUCAAACAUGUGUAAAAAUAAUUUGCCUGUGUGCACAGAAACAGGAUAUAGCAAACUGCACAUCUCAAACCAGCGGCUGGUGUUGGUGCUUCUUAUAACUUUCACAGACAUUGUGACGUGCAAUGGGAAUGUCUUUGGAAAAUGUCAUUUAACGCGCCAAAUAAAUGAUAAAACAUCGGAGUUUUACGCAGAUGUGACGGCGUGUGAUGGGGACGUCGUAGGGAAGUGUGAUAUAACGUGCUAUAUCAAGGAUCAAAUAUCAGAGUACUACGUUGACUGCAGUGAUCGAAACCUCACAGAUGUUCCCAACAAUCUACCAACAAAUACAACUUGUUUGAAUAUGGUAGGAAACAAAAUAUCUGAAAUCAAUGGAAAAUCGUGGCAAAGGUAUAAGUUAUUAAAGACAUUAUCAUUAGCUAGGAACAGGAUAGACAGAGUUCGCACAGGGGAUUUUGCUGGUCUUUCCUUGUUAGAAAUGCUUGAUUUAAGUUUAAAUCAAAUUAGAUAUUUCAAUAUAGGCAGGGAUGCGUUUCGACCAUUGGAAAAACUAAUUUACUUAGAUUUAAAGCAGGGCCUCUCUAAUAUCUCGAUAAAUGAGACCUAUCCUGUUGCCCUGAAUAAUCUGCAUCAUCUUCAUACCUUGGUGAUCGACGGACUUGGUACACAAGCAUUGCCUCACAUGCCAAAUCUUAUGGAGUUGUAUAUGUCUGGAGAGUACGGUAGAUGUAACAUUCCACAUAUCAACGAAAGUUUCUUUGAAAACACCUUAGGAGUUCAAAACUUAUUCCUGUCAAAAUGUUUGAUCAGGAAAAUAGAAUUUAACACUUUUAAGUCUCUUCGAAAUAUAACAUCUCUAGAUCUGUCAUGGAAUAUCAACCUUGGCAUAGAAUCUGUGCCUAAUAUUACCAGUGGAUUAAACGGAAGCAAAACAUUGAAACGUCUGAACUUCAACACGUUGUAUGAUCACUCACAAUUCGAUUUCUGUUCGUCAUUAAACAUAGAUGAUGUUAGAUAUUUAUCAAACACUUCCAUUGAGCUGGCUACAGUUGAAAAUAACAACCUUGUGCGCAUGGAUAUAGCCUCUGUAAUACAGUGGCCUAAGUCUAUCAAGUACCUUUCGGUUCAGCAUAAUAUGUUUUUGUAUGGUAACUACACACCAUAUCUGAUAUUGAGCGGUGUUCUAAAUAAUAUAGUGUAUUUGGAUGUAAGUCAUAUGGCAGCUUCUAAUCGACCAAUUUCCACUCCUAGAUAUAGUGCCUCUGUGAAGACAAAACAAGAAGAAAAAUUGCAACCAAUUACAUACGAGACUUGUCAACCAGAAAUAACAGUAAGCAGUUAUCACUCUUUGUGUAUGUCUAUGUUCACUCGUAACCAAUUUCCGGACUAUUUCCAAGUAAUCGAAGACAAAUUAAAACAGCAUGAUAUCGGAACAGAUAGCAUAAUAAUUGAUACUCCGGAAAUCCAUUCACCGAGUAAACUUGAAUAUCUGGACAUAUCUGACAACCUCCCGGUACUGAUCGAAAGAAUGUUUGAAAUCUUUCCUAAAAUUCCUAAAUUAAAAGUCCUAAAUGUAUCCAGAAAUUAUUUAGGGUACCCCUUAUAUGACGGGGAUUCUGUUAUAGGACAUCUGAAAAAUAUUCGUACUCUAGACCUUAGCGAUAAUAAAAUUAUUUAUUUAAUGCCAAACAUAUUCAACAAUCUCACAAAACUUGAAAAUCUUCAUUUAUCACAAAACAAAAUAAGUAAUAUAACGUUUGAAUUAAGUCAUUUGAAAAAUCUAAGUUAUUUGGAUCUGGAAGGUAACAGUCUGGAAUCUAUCAAUUUGGCUGCCAGAGAUGCAUUUGAUAAAUUGCCAAACAUAAAAAUCAACAUCGCGAGAAACAAUUUAAAAUGCGUAUGUGAGAAUACAGAAUUUUUCCUUUGGGUUGAAAAACAUAAAGAUAAGUUCGCAAAAAUAGAAGAAACUUAUUGUACGUUCAAGAAUUCUACAUCCGUGUCGCUAGCAACACUGCAUUAUGAUCAAUUUCGUUUAGAAUGCUCGAGUUAUCUAACAUUAAUUCUCAUUGCAAGUUUGUCUGUUCUUUUCUUUAUCAUUAUUCUUAUAUCUGCGCUAGUCUACCGAUUCCGAUGGAACCUCCGAUAUUUGUAUUACAUGACAAAAAUGAAACUCUUCGCUGAUUACCAACGAAUGAAUGAUACUGAAUACGAGAAAGACGUUUUUGUCUCAUACGCUGAUGAAGACCGAGGAUUUGUAAUUCAGCAAGUAAAAUGCGAAUUAGAGGAAAAAGGUGAAAUUUCGUUAUUAAUUCAUGACCGAGAUUUCCGUGCAGGCGAAUAUGUAGUUGACAAUAUAUUGCGAGCGAUCACCUCUACGCGCAGAACGCUCAUUAUUUUAACGAAAGACUUUGUGAGAAGUAAAUGGUGUAUGUAUGAAUUAAAUAUGGCCCGAAUGGAAGCAGCGGAUACUGGCAGAAAUGUUCUGUGUGUCAUCCUGAAAGAGGAUAUACCACUUAAACAUCUGCCAAUAGAAAUAAUAGACGUUUUACAGAAAAAGACUUAUUUAGAAUACCCGACCAUCGAAGACAACUUGCAGGGAUUUUGGAAGAGACUAAGAGCAACACUUAAGAAUAAAAUGUAAUUAUAUUCGAAUGACGUGACCAUCUUUGGUACAGUUCUCUGUCACGUCAAUGAUAUUUACCAUCUUUUCGCAAGUUGUAGAUUUUAGUAUGACAAUUCGAAUAAAUAAGUUGCCAGUCUGCCAUUUCAUAAUUUCUAUCUUAAUACAGUACCAUCAUAUUAUUUCUUAACUUUAUUGGAUCAUUUACGUGUUUUUAUUUUGGAAUAAUAAAAUUAGGCGAAAAAAUCACUUAUAUGUUUGGCAUUAAUUCAAUGUGUAGCUACAGGGAAUAUCUCAUCACAUCUCUGUACAAUGUGGAUCAGCUGUAAGUGUCGCCGAUAAACUUAGUUUGUGAUGGACUUGUUAACCGAAUGCACUUCGGAACAUUUUAAAGUAAAUUUUAAAGUAAAUAGAUUUUUGCGGCUGAAAUACAUUCUUCUUAUUUUCAACAACAUGUUUGUUUUGUCUUUUGUCCUUUGUUAGACUUUCACCCAACAAAACGUUCUUACUGGUCAUAUUUGCUUAUUUCUAUUUUUCGAACAACCGAGUAGUAAUACCACAUUUCAAAGAUUAAUACAUUUACACAAAUUUACAGAAACAGUUUCAUCGAAAAUGAACAAAUAAAGAAAUGAUGAAUCUGUUUGCGUAAAUUUGUAUAAAUGUAUUAAUCUUUGAAAUGUGGUAUUAUUACUCUGCGAAUAGACUAUGUAUCUCGUUCAUACAUUAUAUUUGAGGCGACUCUCAGAUGUACAGCCUGAUACAAAUAUUCCAAAACGUUCUCGAUUUGACUAAACUUACGAUAUUCAGCUGUCUGCGGAGGAAUACGAUAGUACUUCACUUGUUACUAUACAUUUUUCUUGGGCCCAACUUCUGAUGUUUUUUCUUGUAAGAGGUAUUUAUAAAGUUUUAUUUAGUUAGUUGUAACUAUAUAGUUUCUGUACAUUUAUACAGGAUUUUGUACAUUUUGUAAAAGUGUGUUUUCAAGUUUCUUAAAUUUAUUGUUAAAUUACCAUUUCAGGCCAGUUUAUAUUUUAGUUCCUGAAAACAGAGAAAACUUUGGUAUCACCAUAUUCAGUUUUGAAACGUAGACGUGAUCUAAAUAGUCACUGUUAAAUACAUGUAGAUAUGUUUAUGUUCUUUCUAUAUCCCUAUGUCCCUUGAUUUUAUAGCUUUUACGCGGUAAGUCGAAAACGCUUAAGUUUUGCCUUAGAUUUCACAAUUAAUACACCAUCGCAACCAAUCUUUGUAUUAAUAUUAUUCCCUAACAGUAAAAAUUCUUUCGCUUCCAUGUCUGUAGACUUAUUUUCAUAAAGUAGUUCUUAUUUUUGCUAUCAUUUAAGUGCAAGAUUUUAAAUAAUGUAUUAGUUAUAUGAAUGUAUUUGUCUCAUGUUUUGUAAAUAUUUACAAACUGAGAGUGGAAUAAAACAAAUUUUGAAAAGUAAUACUUCUUCUUACCAUUUAUUGUCAUGACGAAACAAUGCUUUUAGUUCAUAUCAUUUACUGUCAUAAUUAUAAGGCGAUGCUUUUGUUUCAGAACAUUUAUUUUUGUCAUCACAUGUUUCUUGAGACCUGGCAGUUAGGUUUUCCUGCUAAAGACGCAUUUCAUGGAACACUUUCUGAGUGUUUCUGUUAAGUGUACAUUUUCAAUAAUGUGAUGCUAUAUGUACAUAAUUGUAUAUAUUUGAUUGUUACAUGUUGUAAAGUUUCCUUUGUUUUAUCAUAAAAUUCCAGUUUGCA